GGGCGCUCACUUGGGUGGAUGCAACGUAUCCUUUGGUGGAGGUGAACAUGUUGUUAGAGACAACUAUGAAAUCUUGUGCGUACAAGUGCCUUUUCGCACUGCUUUGAAUAUUCACUAACUGUAUUAUCAGGUGCUGGAAGUAAUGGCGUAAAUGUAUAAAUGAAUGCAGAACGAUUUGAAAGUAUCUUGUAUAGAAUGUAACUGGAUGUAACAAUGGAAUUAUUUCAAUGCAACGUAAAAGUACAUUGUCGUCUACGCAGGACCAGGGUAACCCGGAUUAGGACAUCGACGCCACUCGUCUUUCCUCGUCACACCCAUGCCUGAAAUUAUCAAAAGACAAGCUGGCCACGCAUAUACAUUGACCAGCGGUUUUCCACAGGAACUCGUAGAGCGAAUCAUCGACAAUCUCGAAGAUGAUCUCGUUACUUUACUUAACUGCUCCCUCGUUUGCAAAUCUUGGGUAGUUCGCAGUCGCUUUUACAUCUUCCGGACACUAGAUAUCGAUAUCAAACUGGGAAAUACUCUCCGGUCCGGGAUAGAGAGUUAUCGUGAUGAAGAUUAUAUCCGGGAUCUUGCCCGCGUUUUGACCAGACGAUGCAAGCGUCUUCACGACUGUUUUACGAACGGCAUCUACAUUCCACAGCUCAUUCGGUCCCUUCGUCUGAGUCUUGACAUGGACUUUGCCCGUUUCCGCCAAGCUCCCCCCUUGUCCCAGAUACUUUCGGCACCACAACGUGUUCAGCACCUUCAGCUUGACCUGAGAUAUCUCCGCGAGAUUUCCUCCAGCGUUAAGACUGCAAUUCAUGGCUUGCUUCAAUUGCAGUCGCUCACUCGACUGGAUAUCAACAUUUCUCCAGCAGACGAUUAUUACGGUCUCACUCCCCUCUUGAGCUGGACUUCGAGCUCCGUAACAGAGCUGAGGCUCACCAGCGUUGGCACGCUUGGUCCGCGAAUGCGACUACCACAUAUCUUCAAUCCUGACAUGGGUGUACGAAAGGCAGUCAUCCACACCUUAUAUCUAGAUCUUUCUAAUCCUCGAACGUUGGAUGCUAUCUGCCCUUGGCUUACGCAUUCGCAGUCCCCCUUCGACUUUUCCUCUAUACGUCGGCUACACAUCUGGGCCCACAAUUUCGACUAUCAAACGGCCAUGGCGCCUCUUCUCCGCGCUGCCACCUCGUUGCAACAUCUAGAAGUGAACGUUUUGAAUCAUGACAUAUCCUAUUCAUUCUUUACUGCAUCCAAUGAGACGCAUCUCUUACCUAACCUUCGGUUCCUCAAAUUCUCUACUCGAAGUGGCGACACGCAUUUCACUCCGGUUAGCCAUAUUGACAAUACGCUCUCCCGCAUAGGAUCUCCCAUGCUAGAAGAAGUUCAGAUUGACGUCAGUGUGAGGGGUCCUUUCAAGGUCUACCCCACCGUCAUAGAGCUUUUUUGCAAUGCAACGAGGUGGGCCCAGGUUGAUGCAUGGCUAGCCGGGCCCAUGCAUCAAAAUCUCCGCAAGGCUGAGAUCCACAUCGACUUCGACCAGGAUAUAGGAUCAACAUGGCCUAACAUGAACCAGAGGAGGACAGCAAUAACAAGCCAUUUUCCACUUGCUGAGGCAUCUGGUAUAUUCAAUCUUAUUCUGACGAAUAGUAUCUACGAUCGGGCUCUGAUGUGCAGGACUGUAUUCCCCUAGACUGAACGUUAAUAUUCACGUACAUUGUCAUAGAUGCCCGCAAGCAAUACAUACUAGCACACAAAGUUGAAGCGACCCUGUUUCGAUGUUCGAUCACCCUCCGUCGAGGCACGUUGAGCAUCGGGGUAUCCUGCUUAUCUAAAUCCUGAGCUGUAUUAGGGUGGGAUAAGAGUGGGUUUAUAGUUGGACACGCUUACAAUGAUAAGAAUGUUUCGAGAAGAUUUCACGCCAGAAUACCAACGUCGGCUAAG